AUGGUUAACAAUAGUUUUUCUGUGAUGACUGGAUUAAAAUUGAUUCCGUUGUUAUCGGUUUUCCUGACCAUCAACCAAUGUGUCUUAUCAAUUCCAACAAAUUCAACGAAAAGUAAUCAUCAGGAAAAUGUUAAUAAAACAGUGACCAAUGGAUUAGCUUCUCAACCGCAACAAUUAUUAUCUAAUUCAAUUGGAUUAACAGUUAAUCAAAAGCAACAAUCUAAAUCAUUUGUUAGCCGAUUCUGGGAUCUGUUACCUUCUGCUACUGAACAUCAUCCAGAUAAACAUCAUGAGGAACAUCAUGAUGUCACCGACGCCGAUUCAGGUCACCAUUGGGGUCAUUGGAAAGGUCACGAUGAGAAAUGGGAUGCAGAGCACAAGAAACACCAUGAAGACGAUAAGGACGAAGAUAAGUCUGGUUAUGCUAAACAUAUGAAAGAACAUGAUAAAGAUCAUCACAAGGAAUAUCAUCGUAAGAAACAUGGUAAAUUUCACCAAGAACAUGGAAAAAAAUAUCACCAUCAUGAAGACAAAGGACAUGGUAAUGAAAAGAAAUGGCACUGGGACAAAGCCGGUGAAAAGAUAAGAAAAUGGGGUGAUGAAAAGGAACAUGAUGACCACCAUCGACAUCGACACAAGGAUCAUCAUCACCAUCACAAACAUCACCAUGAAAAUCAUAAAGAUGAACAUGGACAUGAUGGUGACCACGAAAAACAUAGCCAUGGACAUCAUCGCCAUAAGGAUCAUUGGAAUCACCAUCAUGACAAAGAACAUCAUGGAGGAGAUCAUGGUAAACACGGUCAUCACGCUGAAUAUAAACACCAUCAUGAACACCAUAAACCAGCCGAUCCUCAUGAUCAUUGGCACCAUAAAAAAUAAUCCAAUCAGCUUGAUUGUGGUACUACAAACACAAUCAAUGUUGUCAAUCACUACCUAACCGCCACCGACUCAAUUAACUCGUUAAUUUAUAUUCAACAUUGAUCAUUACCUUUUGGACACUGUAUAUAAAUCUUAAAGCAUGAUAAGUAGUUUAUUAAUUAAUUUCCUAAAAAAAUUUAGCUCUUUCAAUUACUAUCAAAACCACACCCUUUGUAAGAAAAAUUAAUUGUAAAUCAAUUCCUUGUCCCAUUAACUUUACCCGUUAAUUUAACUUUCGCUUAAUUUAUUAGCACAUUUAGAUUACCCCAAUCACCCAACAAUUAAUUGAUCUUCCUUAUUCACCUUAAGAAAACUUUUAAUUGCCAUCACCUUUUUCACCAAUCAACCAAUAAUCAUAAUCAGUGAACUUGCCUACCAACAUGAACCCAUGAAAAAGUAACAAUGAAACAAAAAGGAACAAGAAAAAAAGUUAACUAAUCACUUGAUAUUAGUUGAUUCAAUUGUUCAAAUCUCUUGGCUAUCAUAUCAGGAAGUUAAUUAUCAACAGUUGGCACCUUGAAGAUCAUCAAAUGGCCUGAAUCAAAUCAAUGAUAACUCAUCAUCUUCCCAAUCAAAUUAAGGAUUCGAGUAAAAAAAUGACACAGAUUGAAAUCCAACAGAAAUCAACAAUUAACGGUGAUAACAAUCAACCAUUCUCACAAUCACCUUUAAAACACUGGAACCACUUAAUUAACCACUAACCCCUUUCCUAAUCAAAAUAAUUUGUCUCUAACUUAUUUAAAUUAUAACAAUUAACACAAUUACUAAAAUAAUAACAAAUUCAACUAAAAACUUAAUUCAAACUGAAAGUUUAUCACAAAUCAUUUUCAUUAUAAAUGAUUAAUUUUCCAGUGAUACAA